CUCUUCCCGCAUCGAUCAGACAUUCCGACACGCGACAACAGCUCGAGCCUUUCCUUCGAGCGAGCGCACAAAUCGUGCAAGAUCCCACGCCAAUAACCGGCGACGCAGCAUCCCUAUCAGUAACCACUCCUGGCAUCAUCAGCCGCUCGUGCGUCUAGCAGUCAGUUGUGCACUGCGCGAUCAUGUCGGGGCGACGUGUUAGGCCAACGGAUGACGCCGAAGCCGACCGAGACGUCGAGAUGAAAGACCACGAUAACGAAGAUGUCACAGAUCUGGCGGGCUAUGAUGUUGAACAUGGAGCGAGCCUAGACGAUGAUGCUGAAGACGAUGUCAGCGACGGGAAUGGUGGGGAGCAAGACCACGACAUGUUCCAGAUCAUUCAACGGCUUUCCACCUAUCUGUGCACUGUUGAGGAAGACGGUGAGGAAUUAGCAGCGGGAUUCCAACGAAUUCCCAACCGGCGCGUAUUGCCCGACUACUUCGAAGUCAUAUCUGAGCCGAUCGCUUUCAGUACCAUUCGCGGGAAAACUCAGAAGAAGUUAUACGCGACAUUUGCCGAGUUUGUCAAAGAUGUUGCUCAAAUUUGCCACAACGCGCAAGUCUACAAUCGACCAUCCGCGCCCAUAUUCGGGGCCGCUGUGCGACUACGUGAGGUGUUCCAGGAGGAGUUGAGGAAGCUGGUAGACAAUGGCCAAAUUACUACCGACGACGCUAAACUCCCUGAUCUGGGUGAGCUUCCGCCGGCCGAAGAGUCGCCGUCGCGAGACUCAGAGGAGGAAGAUGCUGAGGAGGCAGAUGACGACGACGACGACGAAGAGGAGGAGGAGGAGGAGGAGGAGGAGGAGGAGGAGGAGGAGGACGAUGACUCCUCUGAUGAAGACUCUAGGGGGCGUCGCCGGCGGCGAAGGCCCGACUGGAGACGAUCGGCCUCAGUCAGCCGCAAGGAUCGUGAUGGCGAUAAGGAUGAUGCACACAAGAAGAGAGGUCGCCCACCAAGCGUUCUCACACCCAUGGAGGCCCGUAUCUCAUCUAUCCUCAAGGGCCUUAGAAAGUUCAAGGAUCCAGACGGAAGGUUGUUGAUACAGCCCUUCGAGAAGUUGCCGGACAAGACCGCGGUUCCCGAUUACUUCCAGGCAAUCACCAACCCGAUUGCCCUCGACAACAUCAAGAAGAAGGCUAAAAGAAAGAAGUAUCGCGAUGUGGAACAAGUCCUUGCCGAUCUGGAUAUCAUGUUUGGGAACGCCAAGGAGUACAACGAAGACGACAGCGAUGUAUACCAGGCCGCAGUUGAGCUUCAAAGCCAAGCCCGGACGCUGGCCGAGCAAGAAAAGGCCAAGCCAGACGACGAUUUUCGUGACGAAGAUGGCAAGCUCCCUCUGGCUGAGAUUGUCUAUAGUGGACAGACGUGGAGAGUUGGUGACUGGGUGCACAUUCGGAACCCGAACGACUUGGCAAAACCCAUCGUAGCUCAGAUCUUUCGAACAUGGCAAGAUCGUGCAGGUCAGAAGUGGAUCAAUGCUUGCUGGUACUACCGCCCCGAGCAAACGGUCCAUCGCUACGAGAAACAUUUUUUUGAGCAUGAGGUGGUCAAAACGGGACAGUACCGCGAUCAUCAGAUCAGCGAUGUGCUCGAUCGCUGCUUCGUCAUGUUUGUAACACGUUUCAACAAAGGACGCCCACGAGGCUUUCCACCUGACAAGGAAGUCUACGUUUGCGAGUCACGGUACAACGAGGAAAAGUUCCGGUUCAACAAGAUCAAGACCUGGGCAAGCUGCGUGCCAGACGAGGUGCGCGAGAGAGACUACGAGAUGGAUCUGUUCGAUGCGCCGCGACGCAUGAAGAAAGUCCCCAGCCCGAUCAAGCACCUAUUGCGCGAGGAUGCCAAAGAAACAGAUGACCUUCCGCGCCCGACUUGGGGGAGUCCCAAUGCGCCGCCCAUCGUAGGCGCUGUGCAUCGACGACCGCCAGAGCCGAACGAGUCACCGCCACCCGAGCUAACUCCGCCACCACGAACCUCUUCGAUGGCUGACACGCAAUCCGGCACGCUGCGGCGCUCCUCGAUGCUGUCCAUGGGCAGAGACGCACAAGUAGACGCCUCAGCCAGGGCAACGCAGAUUUCGUUCCAUCCGCCUGGGCCCUCACCGUCGCCCAACUCGUUCAACACGCAGAUGACGCCUCACUUCCAGCCAGUGACCCCCGCGCCUGGCGGCCAAGCGAUGCAUCAGACCCCGGUGCCGAUCCCUCAUCCGCCACAUCACGCCGGUCCCGGACCUCAGUUAGGUGGUAUGCGGCCUGUACACCACUACCAGCACCAAAUCCAACCUGGCUUUGUCGCCAACUAUCCAUCCGCAUAUCCGCAGUCUCCAGCGGCGGGACCACACCACCAGCCAAUGCCCAACCCGCUCACCGGAAGCUAUCCCCAAGGUCACUUGGCCCCCGGAGCCCGCGUGCCUUUCACACCAAGCGGUCACGCGUCGGCGACACACGCCAACAUGUACAAUCCUCCGAGGCCGCCAGAAGUCUAUACCCUGCCGGAGAACGUCAACGAGUCAGUCCCACGUGAGAUGCGUGAAACAUUCCAGCACGACAGUGCAGGGCGGAUUCUGUUCUUCAAUGCGCCGCCACUCGACCGAAGCCACGGCAGGCUCGCGUCGUGUAGUGCAGGUCUAGGACACAGCAUGAGAUAUCUUGCUGGGCGAGAAGCCUGGCUCUCUGAACGAUCUAAAAAGAGGAAGGAGCGGGACGAGGCCCUGACUGUUGAUGCUGGCAGGAAGCAGCAAAAUUCAGCGAAUUCUUGUUCAUGGGAUGAGAACCCUGUGGCAGCGCAAGCUGCCCAAGCCCUGAGUCAGUAUUUCCAACACCUUGGCCAGGGUACGCCUGAGUGGCAAGCAGACGCUGGACUAGUUGGGUGGCGCCAAUCGGCUGAUGCGCGCGGGAUGGCAUGAUGGGUUGUAGUGAUAAUUAUGGCAAGAAUCGUGGGAGCGGAUAGGCCUGUAGGAACCAUUUCGCAGAGGGUGCGAAGCUGAGGUUUGACUGUGACGACGGUAAGAUUCGUCGACGCGGGUCCCUAGUACUGUGGCUGAGUCUGGUAUAGAGGCGACGUUAAUGUUUAUUGCGUUGACCGUGGCACGUGUCCUGGAGCUCAUUUUUUUCGAGCGCCCGAGAUUAUUUACUGACAAAAAAAGAAGACCAGCUAUCCAAGCUACGAACUCUUGAUGUCUACAAAGGAUAGUCCAAGCCCUCCGCCUGUCAGGACUGCAUGGUACUAUCAUUGACGUCGUGGAGCCGGACACAAAUAUUCAAGUACCCAAACUUCCGACAGAAUUGUAUAGCUUUUCCCGCUUCACUACCAGCUCUUUCUGCCAGCGCACUUUGAAAACAGUCCGUGGGAGGAUGUUGAGACCUUGCGUCAGACUGCUGAAUCAAAGGCGUUCAUCGCGUCAUUGCUUUUGUAUGUCGAGAGUGGGUUUCGCGCGGCAGGGACAGAGAUGCCACAUACACCAUGGUGAGCAAGCAUUGUCUGAAGACUUGCAAUGCGUGUCAAUAGCAAAGCAGAGGCCAUGGCCAGAGACAGCCAGAUGCGUAGCAUGGCAGGGCGUGGCCCAGUAAACUAGGCAGCGCUGUCUUGAGAGUCGCAGUGUAGGGCAACGUUGAGGUGGCAUCAGUUCCGGUAUACUGGAUGUAGCAAUAUGUCCACGGGCGUGGAUACUGGCCUGAACAGCUGUCCCG